CCGCCGCGCGGCUCUCGCUGUACCAGUUCUCAUCCAGCUAUGGCAGGGGUAGUGCGUUACUAGCUUAGCUCCAGCUUUUGUGUGCAAUAAUGGAGACUUCAUCCUAUAAUUAUGCUGUUGCUGGAGGAAAACUUAUAACUGAUCUCAAAGUCGUUGAACUUAAAGCAGAGCUUGAAGCGAGAGGACUUAACAAAUAUGGAAACAAAAGAGAAUUGUUAGAGAGAUUACGCGCGUACCUGGCAGCUGAAGGAAACCAGACUACUACACCACCAAGCAAUUCAAGGAGUUUGGAAGUCCCCAAUCCCUGGUUGCAUCAAGAGGCCAACCUUGAAAACGACUUCAUCCGAGAGUAUCUGAAGUCACAGCAAGCUCUUUUCAGGCAGCAAAUUGGGGGAGCUCCCGCAGAUCUCACUCCUUCAUCCGGCCCAACAGCAGAACGUCUCGCAGCAGCCCCAGAGUCGCCUGUAAGUCCAGCAUUGCCUCUGAAUCCUUUACUCACACACUUUGGCAAAAAGAGAGGCAGAAAGAAAAAGAAAAAAGACAAACUUUCAUCCAAAGAACAAGACGUGUUCAGCACUAAAUAUUCUGACUCUGCAAGCCCUUCACCCUCACUCGAACAGCAUCAGGCACAGCUACGAUUAAAGCUCAAAGCCUCAGCCUGUGAGGCAGUCGAAGCUUCUUCCUCGUCUACGUGGUGUGGUGACGAUGUGGCUCAACGACCAUCUCGGUCAUCAGCGCGCACGUCUCGAGCCCUCAGCCGAGUUUCUCUCGAGGACGAAGACUCUACGCCGCCACUCACAGCCUCCACGUCUCCCUCUGAGUCGCCUUCACAUCUCAUGGUCAGGAUCAACAGAGGCGUUGAUCAAGACGAUGCACUGCAGUCGCCACCUUCCAAGCAUAAGAAAAAACAUAAGAAGCACAGCCGGUCUUCAGAUAAAAUGAAAGAUCCUGAUGCUAAAGUACCUUCACUUAAAAUCAAGUUUAAUGAGUCUGCGUCUGGCAACACGUUCCUUGAUGGUGGCGCUGAUGCAAAGUCCAGGCCUUCCAUUAAGAACCUUGUGUUAGGCAAUGACGAUGGCUCUAGGACAGAGCUCAGUGCAAGUGAAGUAUCGCCGUUCUUUGUGAGUGCUUGCAGUGCCAGUCCUCAGAACUCGGAAGUUUCCUCUUCAAUUCAAGAUUUGGGUAGCGGAGGAGAGCACCUUUCACCCGGGACGAUCACGUCGCCCAGAGCACUUGAACUUGGUGAUGAUUCCAAGCUAGGUUCAGAAAAGUUGUCUGAGCUUGAGACCGGUCAAAGUCAGUGGAGGAAAAGCAAGCGUCUCAUUGCCGAUCUCAGCGAGAAAGCCACACGACGCAUAUCUUCUCGAGGGCUGAACGUAGCGCCCGUUCCUGUUUGUCGCCAGGAGCAGCAGUCCCCUGAUACAUCCGAGCGAAGCAGCGGCAGCUCAAUAUCAGCUGACGAUCACAGUAGUGCUGUCCAGUCCUUCAAGUUGUCUGGAAACAAGGAUGUGGUACCAAAACGUUUUGAUGGACUGCGAGUACAGCUACAUCGCGACAGCAUUCCAGCGUCAUGCGAGGGCACGGUUAUUUUGGAGAAGAAGCCUGGCCCAAGUCAAGACGGCCGCUCUGAACAACGGCUUAAUGCACGUGGCCAAGAUUUGCGUAAUGCUCGUGAAGAGCAGGAUAAACGUGAGCUGGAAUUAAAACAAAAACGAGAACUAGCUUCGAAGGAGAAUCAUGAACGCUUUUCCAAAGAGAAGCUCGAACUUGAAUUACGAAAGGAGCAGGAGAAAGCAGCGCAGGAAAAGCUGUUAUGUGAGAAGCGUGAGCAGGACCUUGUGGAAAAGCGUCAACGUGAAGCUAGGGAAAGUCGUGAAAUUGAAUCAAAGAUAAAAUCAGAAGAAGAAGAGAGACGCAAGAAUGAGUUAAGAUUGAAGCAGGAACGUGAAAUGCAAGCUAAACGAGAGUUGGAGGAAAAAGAACGUCAGGACAAAGCGUUGCGAGAACAACGCGAGAAGAAACGAAAGGAGGAACUUGAGAAACAGCUUGCUGAGGAUGCUAGGAUUUGUCAGAAAACCUCUCCUGUUGAAUCAUUGUCUGUUGUUAAGAGCAUUAAAAAGCCCCGAAUAUCGCGCGCAAAAAAGCCUGCAAUGACAAUUGCAGCAGAAAGCGUUAGUGAACAAAAACUGCCACAGCCUCCGGUGUUGUGGCAAUCGCCUUCGCCUCAAGUUAUAGAGGGCAACCUGAAGCUUCAAAAGGAGGUACGGGUGCCUACGUCCGUGGACUUGAUAGUAUCACAAGUGACAUGUGGACUUACCGAAGAGUCUGCUCCUUUGUCCCUACAAACUCAGCUGCUGCAGCCUCUGAGCACAGCCGUAUGCGAGCCUACACCACACAGCCCAGCCAUCCAACGAAAUCCUUCUCGUCCUGUACUGCCCGUGAUCACAUCGCCUGACCACAGCAGCCUGGUGUCUCUGACGCCUGUACCUGAAUCAUCUUUGCAUGAAACUCCACUGCUGAAAAUCAGGACCAACCUCAUGGCCUCUGACCUCCCCUGUAGUCUGGCGUCUGAGGCGGCAGCUGCUGAAUCUCAUCCAGUCCCGUCGGUGACGCUGCCAGCAGAAAUAAAAAAGUCUAGUAACCCUUGCGUCCCGGAGGAGGAUCUUGCCUCUUUCUUAACUCCAUCCCCUGUGGUGAGCCCAAGAAGAAGUCAGGAAUGUCACAGGAAGAGCUUUGGAAGUCCAACAGCCGCGACAUCGGAAGAUCCACGUCUGGCCACUGAAGUGCAAGACGCCACCGAUUAUUUAGUUAAGGAGCUUCAAGAGCUUGACAGCUCCUACGGCCGGAGGAGACGUAGCUUGGAAGAAGCUCCCUCUCCUGAAUGCACGUCCACGAGUGUGUACACGACCAGUUUAACGAGCCCCUUGCAGUCCCCGCGUCUGUUGUCACCUGAGCGAUUCAUGUCUCCUCCUCCUCCUGCUGCUCCAAAGCUACCUAUUGAUGUUUCAAGCGGCACUGUAAACGUUACUUCAACAGAAGCAUCGUUGUCUGAUGCUACGUUGGUUCCUCAACUUCCCAGCGUUAACCUAGCAAGCAAUGCUAUUGUUGCUAGCGUGCCCGCUGUUUCAUCAGAAAAGGUCUCGGUAAAAGACAAGACAGCAAAUCCUAGCGGGCGAAGUACUACGCCUUGUCUUAGUUUACGGCCGAUCUCGAGUCUCCUUGCACCUUCAAGCGUUCUCACUCCUGUCGAGCUUACAGUACCAGUUUCAGGUGUUACCACCAGCACUGCGACUCCAUUUUCACAAGAUAAAUCUUAUCAAAAGACAGCUGAUCUCCCAAGCCAUUUUAUUGCUGUUACUGCAACAACGACAGUUUCUCCACAGUUGGUACCUGCACAAAUUUCUUGUUCACCCUCGUUACCUCCGGCACCUUCUGUUGCCAGGACUGUCGCUGCGGUCGAAUCCACUUCUGUUGUCGAAUCCAAGAAUCUAUCUUCAUCUGCUUCUGAGGAUUACAAAAAGACAUUCAAAGACACGAGCUUCAAGUUCCUUAAUUUAGAAAAUGUUCCUAUAGCUGAAUCUAUGGAUACUCUGAAAAAAUCUGUUGAAGACUCCACCGCUACUGUAGGGAGUCGUAAAAAUAUUGUGCCGUUGCAGGCAGAUAUUACAUCACUCGGUACAAAUUCGACGAAAAUUCACCCAGUCUUAGAAUCUCGUGAUGAAAAGCCUACCGUACUGUCAUCAAAUAAAAAGAUGAAUAUCACUUUGCCGUCUGAUGAUGUUAAUGUCACUCCGUUUGCAUCAGUUGGUAAUAAAUCUAACGAUGACAAAAAAGCUGCCAACUUGACAUUAGCGCUUCACUCAAAGGUUGAAGUAGCCGCCUCGUGCCCAACUGUUAGCGAAACUUUACUACCAGCGUCAGUUCCCGCAACUUCUGAAGCUAGUGUACCGGAAAUCACUGUUUCGGCUCCUAUUAAUUUGUCUGAAGAUAUGAUUUCCCGCAAACCAGCUGACGCUAGUCGUGAUCAUAAAAACAUAACAGCAUCUGAACCGCCGAGUGUGUCUAUAAUUCCGUCGAAAAAAAGGUCCAAAUCUGACGUUGAGCCGCAGUCUGAUGAUGCAAUCAACCCAACAGCUUUUGGCAAACCGACCGUAAUCACUGCCAUGCCCAGCGAUACAAAAACCUCUGAUAAUUCAAUGCAGCCCACACUCAGCCAGCCUAUAACUGCCAAGUCUCUCGUCGCCCUCACAGAAACGAAGGUGAUAAAAGAAGCUUCACGUUCAGAAAUUUACCGAAUAAAAUUGCCUGAAAAUCAAGAUUCUAAGCUCAGUUCUGGCGAAAGCGCCGAUUCAAAGGCGAAGAAGAGCUGCGUUGAAAAUGUUGUCCAAAUUGCCAGACCGAUUUCGCUGUCAACUAAAGAAGAGAAACAAUCUAGUAUCUUAGAUCCGCCUACCGUUGUGGCAAAGCAAACCAGUUGCAAGGAUGAGUCUACUCAAGAAAAAGUUGUCGUUUCCGGUUUGCAAGUGAAAAACUUGCAUAUUCAGUCCACCGUCCCCGGUGCUUCAGCGAGUUCAAGUGUUGUUCAAAAAAUGGUAACUGCCUUUUCAGUGGCCAAUCUUCUUCAAAAAUCAGAUCGAUUGCCUUAUACUCUUGGUUCUUCGACACAAAUCGCUGCUGUUCCAGCAAAAUCAUCGAUUUCAACCAUAGUUUCCACUUCGUCAGCGUCUGCCUCUUCAUCACGCACGUGGUCUUCUACUUCAAUCGUUCCUGAGGCUAAAGUCGUUUCAGGUGCAAAAACUCACAGCGAUAGCAAAGUAUCAUCAGCUGUUUUGCAAAGUUCGGCGUGUAUCGAGCCUAUUUCUUCAUCGCUUGCUGAAAAGCAGUCUAUAGCAUCCGCUUCUCCCGCAUCUUCUUUCUCCACAUCAAGCACCGUAACCUCGGUCGCGGCUCCAGUGCAAUCUACUCCAGACGAAACUAAUUCAACACAGGAGCUCCCGAUGCCUGUGUGCUCGAAGACAAUGACUGAAUACAACUCUUCAAAUUCUUCUCAAUUAUCUUCCACUGCACGGUUCACGGCCGCAUCGUUGACGACUGAAAUCAGAGAUACUGAGCCUGACAAAAAGCUUAUUAAUUCACAAAUAUCUGUUACUAAACCCAUCACUGUCCCUCACACCGGAACAAUUUUACCUGUCGCCUCUCAACUUUCUGAUAUCAAUGCACCCCAAACACAACUCAAAGCUUCUUCUCCAACUAGAGUGUCACUAGACGAGAAAACGUUGCAUCGCGCUUCUGAACUCGACUCUGACGCUCCAUCUGACACAAAACCGAGCAAAUCUAUACCAUCGUGUGCCCGGCCCGAUGAUGUUACGCAUACACUUUUGAAGCCUGAUGAAGCCACAUCUUCACAUACGCAGCCUUUAAAAACAACACCUAAUGUUGUUCAAGCUAAACCAGCCACAUCUCAACUCGUCUCUCCUGCUGCUUCAACGACAAAAACAUCACCUCCUGCCACAUCGGCUACUAUUAAACUAAAAGAUGUAGCCUCAAUCUUUACUUCUGGGACUAUAUCUUGUGAAAAAAUAAAGGAAGCAACAGCUGUUGUCACACAGCCUAAAUAUUCGCCACUUGCUAAAUGCGAUCUUACCCAAGAAUCCUCGGAGCAAUCGACGUUAGCAGUGCCCCGUCGCGUGCCAGAUGCAUUGCUUUCCUUGAAACUUGAUAACAAAGAACCUGCGACUUCUCAACGAUCAUUUAUAUCUACACCUUGCACACAAUCAGCCCCUGACAUGAAAAAUAACUUCCCUUCUGCACUCAGUACCAGCAUUGCACAACCUGCAGGUGACAAGAUACGUACCGAGCAAACUCCAACACCAAUGACGUCAGCUAAACUAAGCUGUAUCGUAACCUCACCCACCAGUUCAUCUGCCACGUGUAGCGCCACUUCAUCAUCUCCCACUGCAGUGCAACCUUUCUCAGUCUCUGACAUUCCUUUGCCUGCAUCAGUUCCGUCAAAUAUUUUCGCUCCCGUGGCUGUAUCAUCGAUCCCACUGCCUGCCAUUUCUUCAAUUCCUCUUCCAACGCCACCCGUUAAACCUGCACUGCCAACCCAUCCGAAAAUGACAUCAUUAGAGGCACUGAAGACCGCGUUCUCUGGUGCCCUGAGUGGAAAGACAUCCUGCUUUAUUUCGAAGAAAGAUGAAGCUGCUCCCGCGCUUAGUAAUAUUACUCCUACCAAAGAACCCACUACUCUUAAGGCAUUAGUUUCUACCGUUAGUCUAUCGUCGUUAUCGUUGCCUGAGUCUAGAGACAGUGUUAAUAAUUUAGUGAGUACGACAAAGAUCGACAAAUCUCCCUCUUCUGCUAGUUCAUCAUCGCCGGUGUCGUCAAGUGGUGACCUGAAGAGAGCCCGAGUGCCUUAUAGUAUGGUAAUAAGUAAGCCUGCCAGCAAGCUAGUAUUUAGUUCUGUGACCCAGUCUCAAAAACCCGUCUCCUCAGUACAAAGCCGUGCGUCAAGCACGACCACCAUCGUAGCCUCUCCUGCAUGUUCCCCAGCUGCUUGUCCUCGCAAGAGUCGCUGGGAUAUCAAAGGCGUCAAGGAAUCUUUGGUCCCUGAUGUUGGUAGUUCAACCUCCAAGUCUAUGUCAACCGAUGAUGCCCACAGUGUUGAAUCCCUCGGCAGUAAUCAAGGCUUCCUAGGCAUCAAAGCAGCUGAGACCGAGAGAACUGACAGCAGAUCUACCGAUAUGACUCGAUAUGUACCUGCACUUGCCACCGUUGACAGCAAGACCACCAGUAAUUACACCAAAGAAUUCACUAGCAAAGAAAAGCCGUCCGUGCUCUGCGACGAAGAAAAAGCGUCUGAGGAUGAACAACGGACAGAACCACAAAUGAAGGCUUGCUCUGAUGAGAACAAAAUUAAAAGCACUCAUGCAAUUGAGGAGGGAACGGCUGAGAAAGCCUCGUUAUCUGACACCAAACCCUCCUCGUCCAUCACCAACGCUCAGUCGUCAUCACCACCUUCAUCGUCCAUCGUCUCUGAUGGCCGUGACGUUCCGUCGUCAGACGAGGAAAGCGCGCUGUUGGAGAAUUUCAUCAACAUGGGCCGUACGAGCAGACGCCGAAGCUCAGCUACAUCUUCUAAUGCAGACUCUGAGAACGUCACCACCACCACAAGGCGUUCCUCGCGACACAACAAAGCUGCCUUGUCUCAAGUGUCUCCGAGCUCUGAACAUUCACCCAGUAAAAAAUGUGAGGAAGUGGAGCCGAAAGUGGAGAGUCUCGAUGCUUGUGAGACGGUCGCUCCUCCCGCAGACGUUGAGCCUGUCAAGAACGGGGAUAGAGAAGUGCUUGAUGAGAAGGCACCAGAGGCAAAGGUUGAAAAGACGUCUGAAGCAAAUGAUGCGGACGGUGAGGUCUCUGGAACAUCUGAGGCCCCAAAACCAGGCCGUGGUAGCAGAGCGGGGUCGCGGUCACGUAGUGCCGAGCCUGGAACGCCCGUACGGCGGUCGCGACGUCUGUCCCGCGGUGGUAGCGUGGAGCCCAGCGACGAUGAAUGUCAUGCCAACAACGCUGUGGCCACGGCAGGAGAGCUCGGUACCAUACCAGAGCAGGGCGAGUCGCCUGAGAAGAAGAUGAGCGUCGCUAGUGAACCAUUGGCUGUUAGAGCCAGUCCUCUUACUCAAAAUACUGAAGUGGAGGAAAAUACUGAGAUAGUUGAGGACCAAAAACCAGGUGAAACGGAUCUUGUACCCGAACAAGGAGAUUGCAGUGCUAAGGACGGCAAAGAAGAGGACCAGAUUACUACUGUCGAAGAGAGUGCUGUUGCUUCUGACGUAGAGCAACACGACGAUGGCGUAGUGGACGCUGUGAAGCUAACACUUGAGACUAGCGAGACUCUCGACAAGUUUGACGACAGCGACGAGGAUGAGAUGGCGCUUGCAGCUCCUGCAGCGGCCAAGAAGAGUCCAGAAAAAAAGCGUCAUAGCAGCAGGUCACCUCGCAAACGCCGUCGAUCUUCAUCGUCAUCGUCAUCUGGGUCGGAGAGACACGGCAGUCCACGCCAUCAGCGCCGUCGCGAGUCGUCUAAGGCGUCCAGAAACAACGACUCGUCUCCUAGAAAAUCUUCUGCUGGCGACAACCGUUCCUCGUCCACCGCAAAAUCUAGUCACACAGAAGUUGAUGGUUCAAAACGUUCCCUAAGCCCGGUCAAGAACGGCAACGUGCCUAGAAAGUCAACUUCAGAUUCUCAGAGCCAAUCGCCUGGAAGUGCUAAAAAGAAACACUCGACCAUUGUUCUCGAAGGCCUUGAAGUUGAAGGCAAAAAGUCGAGAGAUGAGCGUCGCUCUGAUGGACGCCAAAAUAAGAAGGAUGACAAGGAAGCUUCGAGGCGAAAAGAAGAAGAAGAAGAGGAGCCUGUUGAUGAUUUUGAUUACUCGUCUUUCAAAUCAACACGAAGAGUGUCACUGUCUAAGAAACUUCGAGACCCGGACAACGAAAAAGCCAAGUCUCUGCUGACUGCUGCCCCCAUAAGGUCUAGUGAACCAACUGUCGAACUCUCGUCUCAAAGCCUCAAGGGUCUGUUGCCUGACGUACAACCUAUCCCCGAGUCCGAGCUCAAACUCGAGGAGGAUAAAGAGGAAGAAGACCUUGAAGUACCUGAGGAUAAACGGAAGAGUCUUGGCGCCUUGUCUGACUCGGAGCUUAAAAAGAGGAAGCUUCUUCUUCAAAAGAAGUUGCAAGGGCUUGAAGAGAAAGAAAGACAGGGGAAGAAGCGAUCUUCAAAAGACGGUGAAAGGAAGUCGAAAGCUUCAGAGGUUGACGGCUAUGAAAAGAGUGAUGCUUAUUCUGAUCCUGAAGAAGAGGAACAAGCACUUAGGAAAGCCGCGCAAGAGUCCAUGCGCGCCAAGCUCGCCAAAAAGGAAGAGCUGGCAAGGCGCCUUUCCAAGGACGAUGAAACGCUGGAGAAAAAGAAAAUUAGGAAGGAGAGGGAAGUACGUGAAGGGUCUCCUCCAUCCAAAAAAUCCAAAGACGAUCGCGCAGUGCGAAUGGUUGAAGGUCCUGCUGUGGUGGUCCGCAAAACUCCAUCUAUUGCACCAGCCAGGAACCCAACGAGCUGCGUUGUCAUCAUCAAGAAUUUAACGCGUCCGUUCACGCUGCGACUGCUGCAAACGUUGUUGCAGCGCACUGGACGCAUCGUUCAGCCUGACGGUUUUUGGGUCAACAAUGUCAAGAGCGUUUGCAUUGCACGUUUCGAGAAUGAAGACCAAGCCGAAGAAACUCGCGCGCAUCUGCACGGCAUCCAGUGGCCCAGCUCCAACCCCAAGACUCUCUUUGUGGACUUCACUACGCAGGAGGAACUGGAGCGCCACCUCAAGGAGAGCGGGGCUCCAGUUCUGCCACAACCGCAUGAGCAACUCAGGAGGAAGACGACGACGACGAUGGUGCGCGAGUGGGACCGCGUGAAGCUGGGCGAGCGUUCACCAGGAGAGCGCGAGCGGGAGAAGGAGCUUCAGAAGCGACGACGCGAGGCGGAGGAGCAGGACAACGAGCUGCUCAAGAGGGAGCGGGCCGAGGGGCGGGGGCGAGCGAGGAGCGACGAGUGGGAAGACGGGCGCCAUGCGCACGACAGGGACAGGAAAAUCGCCAAGAAGGAAAGUGCUCCUCCCCCUCCUCCUGAAAAACCAGUUCCUAAAUCUCUCGAUGAUCUCUUCAAUAAAACCCAAGCGAAACCAAGCAUUUAUUGGCUUCCUCUUAAUAAGGAACAGAUUGCUGAGAAGGAAGCUCUGCGACGCAAGCUGAUGGCUGAAAAUGAGAAGCAACUUGCUGCGCUCAAAUUGAAGCAUGAGAAGGAGCGAGAGGAAAGGGAGAAGCAACGACAGGAGCGAGAGAAGCAGCGUGAGGCCGAGAAGAAGGAGCGAGCAGCAGCAGCAGCGGCGGCUGCGAAGAAGAAAAAGAAGAGCAGGAGCCGGUCGAGGUCCAGGAAGCGGUCGCCCAAGAGGUCCUCACGGUCCCGCCGUCGCAGUCGUUCCUGAGCAUCCGGGCAACGGCCCCUACUGCAGUGACAGUGCAACUAAAACUUGAUGAGCUAUGUAUGUCCACAUUCGAUUUUUUAUGAAAACAAAAGAGUAAGGAAUUAAAAUCUCAUUGUGUAACGUAGUAAUAUUUCCAGCAAUAUAUUUGCCUUUUUGAACUUGAGUUAAUGGAUAUUUGAGGUGGUUCAGCGCAUCAAGAUUUAGUUGCCAUCACGAUCAAGGAGGCCCAUCGCAGGAAGAACCAUCUCGGCUUUCUAUCUUCAAGAUCUAGAGCCGCUCUGUAAAGGUUCAUAACUUUUUCUUCUCCAGGAUAAAGUAAUCAUUUUUGGGUUAUUACUUUUGCGUUGUGUAGGCGUUUCAUUUUUGUGCAUAGUUCACAAAAUUAUUACUCGUUUUGUCAGCAUUUUCUUGUGGAAAUUUUUUUGUCGUUAAUUAUGCGUUGAGUAUCUUCACAGCGGUUCCUGCCUUCAACUCCACUGAUGUACACUGACCAGAUCACGUUUGAUUCUUGUGGAAAAGUUGUUCAUCUUAACUGUUGUUCGAGUAGAUGUAAGCAUUAACGCUGGCGCAAUGCAGUGCCUGUGAAGCUGGUCUGCUUAUUACAUCAGGGGAGUUGGGUGUUGGCGCCCCCAAUAACCUGGUACGAAGCCUCGUCCAUGUCGUGCUCUCAUCGACCAUCAAGUGUUCGGAAUGUGACGGGCGUCUGCCGCAUUUCUACCAGAACUUCGAUGAACCUAAGGAUGGUGGAUGUUCGCAUUAUUUUCUUCUCGCUGAUACAGCUACUUCUCUCACCGUAGUUUGGCAUCGCUUCUAAAAUGACCUCGGUCUUUUUGGACUUAACAUUUUGCUCGUCCGUGCACCGAGAAGAGCUUAAUGACUGCCGCAACAGAAGAAGUCGUUCAAACUACCACCAAGAAACAACGAAUAAAUUCUGGUGGCAGCCGUGUUGUCAGUAAUCGCAAGUGCGGUGUAAACUUCGAAUUCGUGUUUGGAGUGUAAAAAGACAAAUAUUGAUUCGGCUAGUGCCAUGGGUGCAUUGUCUGACAAACGUACAACUUUGUUCAUUGUGGAACAUUUAUUAAGAUAAUAAGCGUUUAUUAGUACUCAAAAUAAAGUACAGAUAUGAUUGUG